UGCAAAUUAUAGUGGGGGUGUAAAUAUCAAUACGAAAACUUUUUGGGCCUUCAAUAAUUAAGAAGAUACUUUAUUUCAAUUUUCAAGACGAUGAGAACUGAAAACUUCAAACAGGGUUGUACUCUUCGCUGCACAUGUUGUACCUUUUAUGCGCUUGAGAACUUCAAGACAGGAUUGUACUCCUCGCCUCAUAUGUUGUACUUUUACUGCGCUGAACACUGAGACUGCGGCGCAAUAGAGCUUCUAAACAGCAUCUGCCUGUAUCGUACUUUGUCUCUCGUGAUCCAAAUGCUGGAAGCUAAUCCACUGUUGUUCGUUCCAAAAUGCCACCCAAUUGUUUCACUCCAACCAUCCUCCACCCUUUUCUUAAGCAAAAUCAAGAACCCAUUCCCCACUUCCGUUUCUUGCUCACUACCCAUCAAGAAUUUCACGAUCACGGCGGCGAAACGGCGGCAGGAUCCUGAAUUGGAGCCUCCGGAGAACAAUAAUCCAGAUGAUGAAAAUACACUCUUAACUGAAAAAGGUGACGAAAAAGAGAUUGAUUUGGGAUGGUUACCUACAUUUCCCCAUGUAUUGACAGCUUCCAUGUCGAAUUUUCUCUUUGGUUAUCAUAUUGGUGUAAUGAACGGUCCUAUUGUGUCGAUCGCGAAAGAGCUCGGUUUCGAAGGAAAUUCGUUUCUCGAGGGACUUGUGGUUAGCAUAUUCAUAGGUGGUGCGUUUAUUGGAAGCAUAAGCUGUGGUUCUAUCGUCGACAAACUUGGCUGCCGUCGCACUUUUCAACUCGAUACUAUACCUCUCAUACUCGGCGCUAUCGUAAGUGCUCAAGCGCACUCGUUGGAUGAAAUACUCUUUGGAAGAUUUCUGGUUGGCCUUGGUAUCGGAGUCAACACAGUUUUGGUUCCUAUUUAUAUUUCAGAGGUUGCCCCGACGAAAUAUAGGGGUUUAUUGGGGACCUUUUCUCAGAUCGGCACAUGCAUCGGAAUUAUAUCGUCACUUUUUUUAGCCAUUCCUUCAGAAAAUGAUCCCCACUGGUGGAGGACUUUGUUGUACAUAGCUAGUGUACCUGGAAUUGUUCUCGCCCUCGGCAUGCAGUUUUCUGUUGACAGCCCCCGUUGGCUAUGUAAAGCAGGGAGAAUCGAUGAUGCUAAAGAGGUUAUAAGUAACCUGUGGGGCCCAUCUAAAGUCAAUAAAGCUAUCGAAGAAUUCCAGUCUGUCAUUAGAAACGACGGUGCGGAUUUAGAUAGCAGUUGGCUUGAGCUCUUGGAGGAGCCUCACUCUAGAGUUGCAUUCAUUGGAGGUUCCCUUUUUAUACUACAGCAGCUAGCUGGUAUAAACGGAGUUCUCUACUUUUCAUCCUUGACUUUUCGAGAUGUGGGAAUCACGAGCGGCGCUUUAGCCAGCUUAUUUGUCGGACUUACCAACUUUGCAGGUGCACUUUGCGCGUCAUACUUGAUGGAUAAGCAAGGGAGACAAGUGCUCCUGAUCGGAAGUUACCUUGGAAUGGCUGUAUCCAUGUUUGUCAUAGCCAGUGCCAUCAGCUUUCCUGUUGACACAGAAAUAAGCAGCAACUUAUCGAUAUUGGGUACUAUCAUGUACAUAUUUAGCUUUGCUAUAGGAGCUGGACCAGUUACUGGGCUUAUUAUACCGGAGCUUAGCAGCAGCAGAACACGCGGCAAAAUCUUGGCCUUUAGCUUCUCCGUUCACUGGGUUUUCAAUUUCUUGGUGGGUCUGUUUUUCCUGGAAUUGGUUCGAAAAAUUGGUAUAGCACCAGUUUAUGCAGGCUUCGGUGGCGUUUCGUUGUUAGCAGCUGCAUUUGCGUACUAUUUUAUAGUCGAAACCAAAGGGCGGUCUCUUGAAGAAAUCGAGAUAUCACUUGAAGCCAAUUACCAGGACAGGAAAAAUCUGUAACUUUUGAGUCUUCGAUUCAUUACUGUGUAUUGCUGCUACAUUAUAGAUUGGUUUAGUUCUGUCGUAAAAUUAAUACCAAUAAACAAGGUAUUUUGUUGAACUUUACAUUCAGUCAUUAUCAUAAUAAACAUCAGUUGAGUGAAGUAUGUAUUCAAGAAAUCGGUUUUACUAAAAAUCAGGAACAAAAUUUAAUCGAAUCCAGAACAGAACAAUCUUUCACCAAAAUUCAGGA